AUGUAUUCACUGGAACAUCCACAAAUGGACGAGAGUUUUCUGAAACUCGAUUCAACCGUGGACGAUGUUAUGAAUUUGCUGCGAAGUAUUAUGAAGCCAACUGAAACGGAACCUUCAACUGAGCCAGAAGAGUCCUGCGUUACGGAUGACAAUUUCAUGGUCACUGUGAGGCAAAAUCCGGGAAAUGCCCCAAUUAAGGACAAGGAUCGCUUUACAUUUAUGAGACAGGUGGAGGUGGACCAGGCAGAGCGCACCAAAGCACGACUGGAACGAGAGAGAGUUGCACAGAUAUUUAGAAAGCUUGGUAACGCCGACUAUCGCCAAGGUAACUACGAGAAUGCUGUGCGCAUGUACAGUCAGGCCCUUGAGAAUAUUAAGGAUAGUCCCGUAUUGUACAUAAAUCGUUCUCUGAGCUAUAUCAAACUGUCGCAAUUCAAGCGCGCCAUCAUCGACUGCGACUUCGUGUUGAAUAAGCUGGAUGAGAAGAAUAUGCGAGCUUGGCUCUAUCGCGCCAUGGCCUACAAAGGCCUCAACGACGAGGCCAGCUACGAGAACUGCAUUAAAUAUGUGCGCAAAUAUCAUUCUAAGCAAUUGGAGUUUAUAGACUCAUUUAUUGAAAAAAUGAACAACAUGCAGUGA